AUAGCUAUUGAGAUCAAACCGGGACAAUAGUAUUAAACCGGUAUUCGGUUAACGAGAGGAAAUAACCGGUAUCUGUCCCUCUCCCUCCAAAGAACUCGAAGCUUCUUCUUCUUCUUCUUCUCCUGCUUCUGUCGUCGUCUAGGUUAAUCGAAUAUUUCACUAUUUGCUUUCUAUCUUUCUGCUGCGAAUCAAUGGCGCUAUGGAUGGACGCUGGAGCGACGCCGACCACGGAGAAGGAAAAGGCUGAUCUUGAAGCUAUUUCUGCUCUCAAAGAAUCCACCGCCAUCGAAUUCAAAGAAGAGGGCAAUGAAUGUGUAAGGAAAGGGAAAAAGCAUUACUCUGAGGCGAUUGAUUGUUACACGAAAGCCAUUAGUCAGGGAGUUCUAAGUGAUUCAGAGACCUCUAUUUUGUUCUCGAAUCGAUCCCAUGUUAAUCUACUCUUAGGCAACUAUCGGCGUGCCCUCACCGAUGCUGAGGAAUCAAUGAGGUUAUCUCCUCAUAACGUUAAGGCGGUGUAUCGAGCUGCUAAGGCAUCCAUGUCAUUGGAUUUGCUGAACGAGGCAAAGUCUUAUUGUGAAAAGGGAAUCGAGAAUGAUCCGAGUAAUGAGGACAUGAAGAAGCUUUUAAAACUUGUGAAUUCAAAGAAGCAAGAGAAAGAACAACAUGAGGCUCAAGCCUCACAGGCGGUGGUGGAAGCCAAGGCUUGUCUCUCUGCGAUCGAGAACAGAGGAGUGAAGAUUGGCAAAGCAAUGUACCGAGAACUCACUGGUUUGAAGAAGCCAAUGUUAGAUAAAAACAACAUCCUUCAUUGGCCUGUCCUGCUUCUUUACGCUGAGGCCAUGACAAGUGACUUUGUUGAGGACUUUUGUGAAACAGACAUGUUUGCAACUCAUCUUGAUAUGAUGUUUUCAGAGGACAGCCCGCCGCUGCCAUGGGAUAAAAACAACGAAUACUCACGUGAUGUUAUUGAGCUUUACUACGAGGCGAGUUCAGGAACUCCAUUGCCUAGGAGUAGAGUUCUCCAGUAUCUUUUAGAAGGUACAAAAGGUUCUCAAGCUGAAACUACCGGAGAAGAGGACACAAGCGCAACCAAAACACCCUCCUACCUGAAAGGUUCUUCGGGUAUGGUUAAAGUGAACGAGAGAAGAACAUUGCAUGACGUGUUGAAAGAACCUAAGUUUGUCAUCCCUGAGAUUCCAGUCUUUUACAUCGUAUCAAAGAGGUCCAAAUUCUACAAGGACUUUACCGCUGGAAAAUGGACUCCACCAAACUAAAGAAUUGAGUUAGAAAGAGAAUAGUUGAUGAUAAUUUUUUGCAGCUUCUUUUUGUUGUUGGUUGUCGUAAUCUAUUACUGUUACCGUUCAAAGACACAAACCUGUUCUGAGUUAUGGCUAGGGCUCCGCCACGUCCAAACUUUUCUAGGUAACGAAAGUAAAAAACCAAGGGGAAAAAAACGAUCUUACAGAGG